AUCCCACAGAGCUACUAUGAUUGAUUGUUCCAUGACAUUAACAGACUCAUUUUGAUAAAUCAUUUUAACCAAACCAACAAGAAUUAAGAGUUAAAGCGGAAAUUACAAUAUUACUAAGCUCGUUUUUUUUUUUAAGACGUGACUUCAUAGGAAGUGCCAGUGAAGUGUGCUGAUGUGGAUGUUGAGGAAGUGUAUUUUUAUUGAAACAUUUGUAAGCUUGUUACUUUAGCUGCACCAUAGUAAAGAGCACAAUGACAGUGAAGGUUUCAAGAUGCUUGUUAACUACUUGGCUUUGUAUUGUUUCGGUUUCUAUCCAUCAAGCACAGCAAAACAAGGUGAAAGGUUCAGUUGGGAGAAGCGCAAUGCUCCCAUGUUAUUCUCAUUUCCUCGAAGAAUAUGAGACCAGCUUCAGAUGGCUUAAGAAUAAUUCGUCAUUAAUGGCAGGAAUCAUUGGUAAAUCUAAAAUCAGUGUUCUGGAUGAAUCUUUCCGAAAUAGGAUUCAAAUGCCAGCAAAUUCUUCAACUGGGAAUCUCUCACUCAUGAUCACCCAUCUGAGGGUAGAAGAUCUUGGGAUGUACCAAUGUGAAGCCAGUAGCAAGAACCAAAGCAUCAGAUAUGAAGAGAUUUUUCUUUAUGUUACUGAAGAUGGCGUCUCAAAGCCCAUCAUUAGGCUUCUUCCAGGUCAAAACGUUACCGAACAAAGUACAGUAACACUGAAAUGUGCAGUCACCAGUGGUUCUUUACCUAUCACAUAUAUGUGGUACAGAAAGACCAGCAAAACAGAAAAAGCCAAGAAAAUAAACCAUUAUCUACAAACAUUAGUGCUCAAUCCCAGCAGGAAAGAAGAUAAUGGCCUAUUCUUCUGUAAAGUCAGCAACAAAUUCAGUACAGAGAAGAGCGGCCUGAUGGAGAUUCCACUUUCUGCUUCUGGCAUACCUUCAAUGGAAACCACUCUCACCGUUCCAAAUGGCCACAGUGCAUCCAGGAUCCCAUGGGUGAUGAUCAGCAUCAGUUCAGCUUUGGUGUUAUUCAUUGUUGGAGUCAUUUUGACAGCUAUAUGGAUGGUUAAGAAAAGGUUGAAAGGAAGGAAACAGCCACGUUCAAUUCAGCUUCAGAGAUUUCAUAAAGAUGUCGCUGUGCAAACCAAAGAAGAGGAUCUGGAACAUGGAAAUUACUGGAGCAAAAAUAUUGAUGCCACCUAUGCCACCAUUGAUCAUACUAGGCGACUACCUAAACCACCAGCCAAUCCAAGAAACACAUCCAUGCAGUUUACAGAAACUCCCUCAAUGAGACAUCAACCAUAUACAAAUUUCCAUGUGACAUAUUGAAUAUGAGUGAACAUAAUUUGUGAAGUGCAAGAAACAUUUAAAACAUCCUGGGAAGUGGAACUGUUCAGUCAUUUUACUGUUACAUUGUUAAUAAUGACUAAAUACAAAAGCAUUCAGUAUGAAACAA